AUGGUUAGCCUUGUGGUAGACUUGACUCCCAGUCCUACUGAAUUGUCCCCGAGACCCUCUUCCGCCUUCGAAGACUUCUACGAAAUCGACACAUACUCGCGCCCUGCCAGCGACUUCUUCGCCUCACGUCCAGGCUCUCCCAGGUACAUCAUGGCGGCUCACCAGCCUCCUACCCUCUCCGAGAUUCUUCUCGACGUCUCGCCUCCUCCUUAUACUCUUGCUGCCUUCAUGGCCUACCUAUCCCAGAACCACUGCAUGGAGACUCUCGAGUUCACCCUCGACUCCCAGCGCUAUGCCAACUAUUAUCAAGAACUCGCCUCCGAAGCUCAAUGCGUCACAAACGCCAACACCCGCCUCUCCACUCUCUGGCAGAAGCUCAUGCAGGCUUACAUUGUUCCCUGCGCUCCGCGCGAGGUCAACAUCCCCUCGCGUGUCCGCGACCGUCUUCUUAUGACGCACUAUAACCCUGUACCCCCUCACCCCUCCGCUCUCGAUGAGGCUGGUCGCAUCAUUUACGAACUUAUGAACGACUCGCUUCUGGUCCCCUUUAUUGAAUCAGUUGCAGCUCUGCAAGUCGACCAUGGCGAAGAGCAGCUUCGUUCUCCCCGAUCUCACACCACAGCCAAGAGCCGAACCAGCCAGAGCCUCGAUUUCGAAGGCCUAACCGAUGACAGCGAGGGCAACUCUCCCGCCACCAGCGAGCCCAUGACCCCUCCCACAACUCCGCCUACCACCUCGGAGUGGUCUUUCAAUGCAUCUCCCGGUGGCCUGCAACGCGCUGUCGCUGCCCACAACAAGGGUUGGAAAAAGAUGGGAGAGAAACUCGGCUUCACUCGCAAGGCUUCUAGCCGACGACCUAACGCCACCUCUUCCUCGUCGAGCGGUUUCGGCAGCCGUCGCGGCAGUGGUAACAGCACCACCUUAUGA